GGCUGGCCCCGGCUGGCGGUGGCCAUGAACUUCUCAGAGUCAUUCAAGCUCUCGGGCCUGCUCUGCAGGUUCUCCCCGGACGGCAAGUACCUGGCUUCCUGUGUCCAGUACCGGUUAGUGGUCCGGGAUGUGACGACCCUUCAGAUCCUUCAGUUGUAUACAUGCCUGGACCAGAUCCAGCACAUAGAGUGGUCAGCAGACUCCCUCUUCAUUCUGUGUGCCAUGUACAGACGGGGGAUUGUGCAGGUCUGGUCACUGGAGCAGCCAGAAUGGCACUGCAAGAUCGACGAGGGCUCUGCAGGGCUGGUCGCUUCCUGCUGGAGUCCAGACGGCCGCCACAUUCUGAAUACAACGGAGUUCCACCUGCGAAUAACCGUCUGGUCCCUGUGCACCAAGUCUGUAUCUUACAUCAAGUACCCCAAAGCCUGCCAGCAGGGACUGACUUUCACCAGAGAUGGCCGCUACCUGGCCUUGGCGGAGAGGCGAGACUGCAGAGAUUACGUGAGCAUCUUCGUGUGCAGUGACUGGCAGCUCCUCCGGCACUUUGACACAGACACCCAGGAUCUCACAGGGAUCGAGUGGGCCCCGAAUGGCUGUGUGCUGGCAGCGUGGGACACCUGCUUGGAGUACAAGGUUCUGCUAUACUCCUUGGACGGCCGCCUGCUGUCAGCAUACUGUGCCUAUGAGUGGUCCCUGGGCAUCAAGUCUGUGGCGUGGAGUCCCAGCAGUCAGUUCCUGGCCAUUGGGAGCUACGAUGGAAAGGUGCGCCUCCUAAAUCACGUGACCUGGAAGAUGAUCACGGAGUUUGGGCAUCCUGCAGCCAUUAAUAAUCCCAAGACAGUGGUGUAUAAGGAAGCUGAGAAGAUCUCCCAGCUGGGGUUGGGCCACCUGUCCUUCCCACCACUCCGAGCAAUGGCUGGUGCCCUCUCGACCUCAGAGAGCAAAUAUGAGAUCGCCUCAGGACCAGUUUCCUUGCAGACUCUGAAGCCGGUAGCUGACAGAGCGAACCCCAGGAUGGGUGUAGGGAUGCUGGCUUUCAGCUCAGACAGCUACUUCCUGGCAUCAAGAAAUGACAAUGUCCCCAAUGCUGUCUGGAUCUGGGACAUUCAGAAGCUGAAGCUGUUUGUGGUCCUAGAGCAUAUGUCUCCAGUGCGCUCAUUUCAGUGGGACCCACGGCAACCAAGGCUGGCCAUCUGCACAGGAGGAAGCAAGGUGUACCUGUGGUCCCCAGCAGGCUGUGUGUCGGUGCAGGUACCCGGGGAAGGUGACUUUCCAGUGCUUGGACUGUGCUGGCAUUUAAGUGGGGAUUCCUUGGCCCUCCUUGGUAAGGAUCACUUCUGUCUUUGCUUCCUGGAGACCAAGGAGAGGGGCACAGCCUAUGGACAACGGGAUGGCAUGCCUAGGACCUGAAGGGAAACUGAGGCAGCAGACUCUGCAGACCCCCAUAUGAGGAACAGCUGUACAGGCUCUCUGGACAGGAUGGACUAUUCUGCCCAAUUUUCUGUAAAUAUGUAUAAAGUUAUCAUGUAAAAUAGGUAUUUGUUAAUCCCUGGAA